AUGCCUGUCAUCUCACGUUUACUCUCCAUUGUCUUUCGCGUCGCGGAGAUCGCUUUUGCUGCGGUGGUUGCUGGUAUUAUCGGUUACUUCCUCCACCAAUAUGACAAGGUCGAUGCUUGGCCCCAGGCUCGAUGGAUCUAUACUGAAGUAGUCGCCGGAGUAUCUAUCCUACUGGGUUUCAUCUGGUUGAUCCCCUUUGCAUCGGGGUUCUUCUCCUGGCCACUGGACGUGAUCAUUUCCUUCGCUUGGUUCGCCAGUUUCGGAAUCCUCGUCGAUGCCAUCCAUAAGCUUGACUGCGGGAGCAUUUGGUAUUGGGGGUCUAUCACCGACAACACCUACUGUGGUCGAUGGAAGGCCGCUGAGGCAUUCAGCUUCCUGUCUGCGAUUGUCUGGCUUGUCUCGGCGCUUCUGGGAAUCUGGUUCACCAUUCGUGUUCGGGGCACCACCAGCGACAGAAUCCAGCCUGUAUUUUGGGUCGCGACUCCUGUGGUUUUGACACGGGAACCGGGAGAAUGGUCAAGCUCAUCUUCCUUCGAAAAGGUUCCGCGGCAACCGGAGGAAUAUUUGCUCAAGGCUCGAGAUGAAUUCGAUUCAAGCGCCAGCGCCAGCCAAAUUAUAGCCACAGCAGCAGCGCGCGACAGUUUUGACCCCGCGGCAGGCGACGGCGAUCAGAGUACAAGUGAACCGCUACUCCCGACAUCGAAUUUCGAUCGUCCUCAUGUCAAGGUGUCCAAGCGAUUCUCCUGCAGUGUUUCCGGCGUCCGAGACUGGAUCCGUAAGCCAUCGUCGCCACAGAAGUAUCGUAUCAACCCCUGGCUGGCCCAUGGGCAAACUGCACCUGGUCGUCUCAUCGAGCGAUACUUUCCUAGCACACAAGCCAAAGUCUGCCUUCUUCUAGGCGUCCUUGGGGUCUGGGGUCUUGUGUUUAUUUCGGUUUUGCAUGCCAGCGUCACUGGCCAGGAGAUUCCGGGUCAUGGAACCCCCGUCAAACUAUCCUGCUGGAGCAGACUCUGGCACAAUGCGACUGACUGUGGCAUCAAUGGCGAUUACUGUCGACCAUUUGAUGAGAAGACAUUUGCGUUUCGUUGUCCAGCCGGUUGCGCAUCCUUCACAGUGCUUGAGCCAUAUUUCAUAGGCCCGCAGGAGAUCAAUUAUCACAGCCUUGUUAUCGGAGGCGCUUCUGACGAUGGCAAGAAACCUGGAGUAUAUCGCGGCGAUUCCACCAUCUGUCAAGCCGCAAUCCAUGCCGGACUUCUCCAGGACCAGAAAGGUGGCUGUGGCGUACUUCGUCGAACCGGCGAGCACGCGAAUUUCCCAGCGGUAGAGAGAAACGGCAUCGCCAGCCUCGCUUUCCCAUCCUACUUCCCUCUCUCCUUCACCUUCGACACGGGAGACUCCCCCGCAGACGGCAACGGCCUCCAAUGCCAGGACCCCCGCUGGCCACUAUUCACCUUCUCGCUCAUCGUAUCCGCCAUGCUCUCUCUAGUCAUCACCUCCCCAGCCGCAUUCUUCGCCUCCGUCUUCUUCAUAGUCUACUUCCAAGUCGCCCUCUCCUCCGACCCCCCUUACUCCCCAGACUACUAUGAAAUCGUCUCUAUCGCGCUGGGCCGCUUCCUGCCCUGCGCCUUUGUCGGCUUCGCCCUCUACUACUUCUGCAUCCGGCACACGCUCACAGACCUCGACGCCCACUGGGACAAAACCUGUCUGUGGCUCGGCCCCUGCUGGGUCGGCGCUCUCAAUACAGACACCUUCGACAAAAUCCCCAUCUCGCGCCUCACCCCGCACGACAUCCAACAGCAACCAGGCGCCAUCCCCGCCCUAAUCACCAUCGUCCUCCUCCUCCUCGCCAUAGUCACAGGCCAAGUCUUCGCCUUCCGCAACGAAGGCCGCCUCCCCCAAAUCCUCCUCAUCUACGCCGUCCUGGGCUGCGGCGUCCUCGCCCUCCUCGUCGUCCCACACAUGAACCUCCGAAUCCACCAUUACAUCUUCAGCCUCCUCUUCCUCCCAGGGACCACUCUCCAAACCCGCCCGAGCCUCAUCUAUCAGGGCCUCCUGGUAGGCUUAUUCAUCAACGGCAUCGCCCGCUGGGGGUUCGACAGUAUUCUCCAGACCGCGGCGGCGCUCCUCAACGACGCCCAGCUAGGAAGCACGCUCCUCCCGGACUUCUUCACCAACACCGCCCCCGGCGUCCCCGACAUCCUCUCGUCCAAUCUCAUUGCGUUCGCUUUCCCCACGUUGCCCCCGGAAGUGGACGGAUUGAGCGUGCUCGUGAACGACGUGGAGCGGUUCCAUGCCUUCAAAUCGGCCGCGGAUGGGUCAGUCGGCGUGUUUAAUUGGUCCAGAGCGGUCCGGGGGGAACCGGAGUAUUUUCGCUUCGGGUACAUGAAGCUGAAUGCCCUGGGGGGGUUUUGGUACGAGGAUUUUACGAACCCUGUUACGUGGGAGGUCGAUGGGGGGUGGAAUCGUACGGAGUCGGCGAGCAAGUAUUUCGCUAGCUAG